AUGCUGUUGUUGUUCUUAACGGUAUUGUUAGUUCUGUUAGCGGUUGGGUUGCUUGUGUUCGACGUGUUGAAAGGAUUCGUUGCGCUUGCAGAGGAUGCUGACGGUGCACCGCUGCUGUUCGCUGAUGACGAUAUCGACGAGCUUACAACACUCGGGUCAUACAGACCCAAAAAAUCUUGUAAACCAGUGAAAAAUUUCAUAGACAUGUGGUGGUGGUGUGGUGAAGAAAAGAUCGACACGGGACAGUGA